UUUCUUUCUUUUUUUUUUUUUACAUAUAUUGACAUUGUUACCUUUAUGUGGAGUGCUACAAGGUUUAAAACAGCCAUAUGCUUACUUUUAAAACGAGAAAGAAUAAUGCAUUCUGGUAUUUGAUAGAAAUAUCAUUUAAGGGACUGAGCAUUUAAAAACUUUUGAAUAAAAGAUUGUAGUUAAAGUAAAGGAAACAUUUGUAAAGCCGAUUUGUUGUCUCAUUCCUCCGGGCACAUCCAACCUUGAUUCGUGUACUUGUUUAUUUCACACAUGGUUUUGUAACUUUUUGUAUAUCAUCACAAGAUGCUGAGAGAAAUCUUAACUUUUCUUUGAAGUAGUUGCUUAAAAGUCCUGAUAUAACAGUGACUCUUAGAAGCUGUACUGAGAGUAAAGAACACGUAACCGUAUGAAUCUUAUGAGUCUUAGGUUGUAUACAGUAUUGCUUGGCUUCUAGAAGGGUUAUCUCUUUAGCAGACAUAAUUGAGUUUGAUACUUGAUGGUUUUAGAAUAAGUAAUCAUUGGCUGAAUAUACAAAUGAAGACAAAUGGAUAGUUUGGGUUUGUUUUCCCCAAAUUAUAAUGGUAAAUGGUUAUUGAUGAUUGAGUAGUAGGCUUUCCUUAAUUAUUUUCAUUUAAGACACCCCCCUCCCCCAUGGCAAUCAGAGCAAGUAAAAUGGCUUUAUUUGGCCAUUUGUUAAUGAUUGUCCUGAAGGGAUGUUUAUCCUGGGAAAACCGAGGUUUUUGCUAUUAAAUGUUAUUGUAAAUAAGGCUGAAUUAACCUUUCCUCAGUACUCUGUUUUGGCUUUCUUCUUUUUGCUCCUCCUCUUCCUCUUCUUUUGUUUUCUUACUCUUGCCUUCACUGUGUUCCAUGGAGUAGACUUUAUUUGGAUAACACAGCUCAAGCUUUCCUCCUGAAUGAAGAUCCUGUAUCUUAGGUUGACUUACAAUUCAUUUCUGAUUUUAUUAAGAUCUAAUCUAACGUCUACUUUUUUAUUUCUACAUAAGAUCCCCAAAAUUUCUCAAGGUUGUGCUUUCGGGGCGGGGGGGCUAUAAUUAUGCCGUAAUUUUAAAUUACAAUAGAAUUGAGGCUUUUCUUUAAACCUUCUUGUGAGCAGACUGUGCACCACAGCAUUUGUUGAGGUGGCACACAUGUGGAUGUUUAUCAUCCUUCAACUUGACUGUAUUGAAUAUUUUUAAAAACACGUUUUAAAGGCUAUUCCUGCUUCAGAGUAGAAACGAGAUACAGUAUGUGAAUGAGAUAGUGUAUGCAAGUCACUGAGCACAGACCGGUGCUAAAUGCAAACGCUGGUUCCUUCCUAUCCUCGGGAUUCAUUCGUUUGUUGGGCGCAUGUGUGGAAAGCGUUCUGGGUGCCAGGUCAGGGGGUAGAAAUGCAAGCCUGAUGGGGAGCCACGGGUGGAGCCGCCGUGGAGUAAGUCGGGGCGGAAGCGCUACCGCAGAAUCCGCACCAGGCUGCCGUGGGGGCCUGCGGGAGGGCUGCCGACCCGGCCUUGGGGGACGGAUGUCGUCAAGGAAGGCGUCCCAGAGGAGAUGGAUUCUAAGCUGAAAAGUGGAAGUGUUAACCGGCCGGAGGUGGAAGGAUGGAGGGGAGUUAGGCGAGGAAGAACUGCGAGGGAGAGCCCAGAGAGAGCAGAGUUGAACAAUGACCAUAGUUGACAAAGCUUCUGAAUCCUCAGACCCACCAGCCUAUCAGAAUCAGCCUGGCAGCUCGGAGGCGGCCUCACCUGGAGACAUGGAUGCAGGUUCUGCCAGCUGGGGGGCCGUGUCUUCGUUAAAUGAUGUCUCAAAUCACACGCUUUCUCUAGGACCAGUACCUGGUGCUGUAGUUUAUUCCAGUUCAUCUGUACCUGAUAAAUCAAAGCCGUCACCACAGAAGGAUCAAGCCCUAGGUGAUGGCAUUGCUCCUCCACAAAAAGUUCUUUUCCCAUCUGAGAAAAUUUGUCUUAAGUGGCAACAAACUCACAGAGUUGGAGCCGGGCUCCAGAAUUUGGGCAACACCUGUUUUGCCAAUGCAGCGUUGCAGUGUUUGACUUACACGCCGCCUCUUGCCAAUUACAUGCUAUCACAUGAGCACUCCAAGACAUGUCACGCAGAAGGAUUUUGUAUGAUGUGUACCAUGCAAGCACAUAUCACCCAGGCACUCAGUAAUCCUGGGGAUGUUAUUAAGCCGAUGUUUGUCAUUAAUGAGAUGCGGCGUAUAGCUAGGCACUUCCGCUUUGGAAACCAAGAAGAUGCCCAUGAAUUCCUUCAGUACACUGUUGAUGCUAUGCAAAAAGCAUGCUUGAAUGGCAGCAAUAAAUUAGACAGACACACCCAGGCUACCACACUCGUUUGUCAGAUAUUUGGAGGAUACCUAAGAUCUAGAGUUAAGUGUUUAAAUUGCAAAGGUGUCUCAGAUACGUUCGAUCCGUAUCUCGAUAUAACGUUGGAGAUAAAGGCUGCUCAGAGUGUGAACAAGGCGCUGGAGCAGUUCGUGAAGCCCGAGCAGCUCGACGGGGAAAACUCGUACAAGUGCAGCAAGUGUAAAAAGAUGGUUCCAGCUUCCAAGAGGUUUACUAUACACAGAUCCUCUAAUGUUCUUACACUUUCUCUGAAACGGUUUGCAAAUUUUACUGGUGGCAAAAUCGCUAAGGAUGUGAAAUACCCUGAGUACCUUGACAUCCGACCGUACAUGUCUCAACCAAACGGGGAACCGAUUAUUUAUGUCCUGUAUGCAGUACUGGUCCACACUGGCUUUAACUGCCAUGCUGGCCACUACUUCUGCUACAUCAAAGCUAGCAAUGGCCUCUGGUAUCAAAUGAACGACUCCAUCGUAUCUACCAGUGAUAUUAGAUCGGUACUCAGUCAACAAGCUUACGUACUCUUUUAUAUCAGGUCCCACGAUGUGAAAAAUGGAGGUGAACUCACGCAUUCCACUCACAGCCCCGGCCAGUCCUCGCCCCGACCCGUAAUCAGCCAGCGGGUUGUCAGCAACAAACAGGCCGCAUCAGGGUUUAUGGGACCACAGCUUCCCUCUCAUGUGAUAAAGAACCCACCUCACUUAAAUGGGACCGGACCAUUGAAAGAAGCCCCGAGCAGCUCCAUGUCAAGUCCUAGUGGAAAUUCCAGUGUCAGCCGGGCCGGGUCUGUUAAUGCUUCGACUUCUGUUCAGAACUGGUCCGUUAACAGGCCCUCUGUGAUUCCAGAACAUCCCAAGAAACAAAAAAUCACGAUCAGUAUUCACAACAAGUUGCCUGUUCGCCAAGGCCAGUCUCAGCCCAGCCUUCACGGCCCUUCUCUGGACACCCCGAGCAAGCCGGUUCCCUCCUCCACCGUCACCAGUUCUGCAAUGCAGUCUACCUCGAGCGCAUCUCUGACGGCAGUUUCUAGCAAAGUCACGAAGCAGAUGACCCCGAGUGAGUCCUGUUCUAAGCCUGUGAUGAACGGCAAGUCCAAGCUGCGCUCCAGUGUCCUGGUGCCCUACGGUGCCGAGUCGUCCGAGGAGUCUGACGAGGAGGCAAAGGGCCUGGGCAAGGAGAACGGUCUCGGUACGAUCGAGAGCUCGAACUCUUCCGUGCAGGAUGCUGAAGACGACGAGGCCUCUCCGCUCGAGCUUCGAGAGCCUGUUGCUCUAAAUGGUGCUGACAGUCCGGACAGCGACCUGAAAGAGAACGGUCUGCCCUGCGAUGGUGCCCGCUGCCCAGUCCAGCCUGCCCUACACUCAGAAAAUCCCUUUUCUAAGGCGAAUGGUCUUCCCGGAAAGUCGAUGCCCGCUCCCCUGCCCCCUCUCCCGGAAGACAACAUCUUAGAGACCUUCAAACUCGGCAGCAAAGUGAAAGGCGCCACCGAAGAGACGAGUUCACCUGGAACCGAGGAAGGUCCUGCAGAGGGUCCCGGCGCAGAGCUCGAGCCUGGCAGCCCCUCUCCUGAUUCCCGGGAGAAACCGGAGACGCUCACGAGUCUUAGCAGCAAAUUAAAGAAGGCCUCGCCACCCUCGGACCCCAGCAUCCAAUCUACCAAAGAAGAAGUCUCUGAAAACCUUGCAGCAAAACCCGAGGAGUUUUCCCCCGGUGCCGACGAUCUCUGCGGCAGCACCAGGAACGGCGCGGGGGACGAUCCGCUCCCUAAGCCGUGCGGCCCCGGGGAUUUAACAGACGACCAGAGCAGACCAGCCCAGGCUGCAUCAGGGACGCGCACAGACAGCCCGCGGGCCUCGGCCGCCGUGGAGGCGGCGCAGGGUUCGAGCCCAAGUCCCCCGGCUCGUUCCGAGGGCGCCUGUGAGCACGAGCCCUUCUGCGUCAGCGGAGACAAGCGCGCGGACACGGACACGGAGGGCCCUUGGAAGGGCGCGGGCGCGCCCGCCGCCGACCUCCUCUCUCCCCAAGUAGACACGGGUACAGAGCAUCGCUCGGAAGGGGGCCCCGAGCAGAGUCACAGUGAAAAACGUGAAGAAAAUAAGGUGGGACAGAAAGUUCCAGAUCGCUCUCCGGUUAAGGAAAAAAUCAGUAUCCUCAGAAGAGUUGACCGAGGACAUUAUCGCAACCGAAGAGAUCGUUCCUCCAGCGGAGAACGCGCGAGGGAGAGCCGGAGCAAGACCGAGGACCGCUACCACCGAAAGCGGCGCUCGUACACGAGGGAGCGGCCCAGGCAGGACCGCUACAGGACGGAGCACUGCGGCGGGAGCCAGCACCACCCCUGCCACGGCGAGCGGGCCAGCCCCGGCGAGCCGCGCUCCCUGGCCAGGUACGGCCACCACCACCCUCGGAGCCGGGGCGGCUCGGAGCAGGAGUGGGGCCGGUACCACCACUCGGAGGGCGAGCACCCCUGGGCCCGGGAGAAGUACUACCCCGAGAAGCUGCGCUGGGACAAGUGCCGGUAUUACCACGACAGGUACGCCCUGUACGCGGCGCGGGAGUGGAGGCCCUUCCACGAGCGCCCGUACGACAAGGCGGCCGCGGCCGGCCGGCCCUACCGGGACUGCUACAGGAGCAGGAAGGGCUGCGAGGCGGCCGCUAAGGGGAAGGGUCGGCACCGCUUCAGCCCCCGCGCAGGCCCGCCCCCCGCGCCCCUCCCCUACCCCGAGAAGCACCCCCACGAGAAGAUCGCGCCCGGAGCCGAAGACGACACCUGUGACCUCGCCGGCCGGUUUCACGACCACGAGAACGUCAAGUCGCGGAAACGGAGGUACGACAGCCUGGAAAACGGCGACGGUCGCGGAGAAAAGAGAGCCUGGAGAGGCGCACAGAAGGAGCCUUUAGAAGAGCCGAAAGCGAAGAAGCACAAAAAAUCAAAGAAGAAAAAGAAAUCCAAAGACAAACACCGAGACCGAGAUUCCAGGCAUCAGCAGGAUUCCGAUCUUUCGGUCGCGUGCUCUGAUGCCGACCUCCACAGACACAAAAAAAAGAAGAAGAAAAAGAAGAGGCACUCAAGGAAAUCCGAGGACUUUGUUAAAGACUCAGAGCCACACCUCCCCAAGGCCGCCAGCCAUGAGACUGUUGACCGUUUCCGGAGAACGGACGGCGCUUUCCCCCUCACUGAUGGGCUGCCUCUGGAAGGCGUUGGGCCUUUCUGUGAGAAGAGAAAACAUUUAAGGAUGGGAAGCAGGGAUGACAGGUGUCCUCUGUCUGAGUGUGGCCAGGGUGAUUGAAAACUUGGCCUCAAAACAAAAAACUCACUAGUUAUGAUUCAGCGUGUUCAACAGAAGCCAUCCCCAACCCAGCUUAAAUUAUAAAUGUAGAAAUAACUCUGUUCAAAUCUGCGUGGUGCUUCUUUAGUAAAUACUGUACAGAUUUUACCAUGGAGGACUUUUUUUUAGUUUUUACCUUUUCUUAAUUCCCCUUAUUCCAAACGGACGAACCCUUUCUACAACUGCUGACCGUUGUAAACAGCGUGUACAUAAAUCCCACGGACAGUGACGCCCUGGACUGGAACAUCUCAAUGCUGCUUAAUCAGACUCAGGUGGACUGCUCGCAUUCCAUGGAAAAGCUCCUUCAAGCCAGACCUCCGGUGCGAGAGCAGCCGGGAAACCAUGGAAUUAGUAAAAGUACAAACAAACUGACAGUGUGUAUAUUUAAUUUAAAGACUUAUUUAAAGAUUCACGAGCUCUCGACUAGACUUGGGAGCAGUCUGUUUUCUGUAAUGUCUGAUACUAGAAACUAAUUUGCUUCAUAUUUUAGUUGUAUUCAAGAUUUGAAAAUGUAUUUUAUAGACAAGUUCUGUUUUUGAACUUUGUGGAACUAUUCCAAUCGAUUUACCAGUUAUGAUGAGUAUUUACAUUAUGAAUGUAUAAUCCAAACGUUAUUUGUAAAGCCUACAGUAUGUUUUUAUUACUUAACACUUUUUUAUGCAGUGUCUCUUGUCUUGACUACGAUAUUGGAGUCUGAGUUGUCAGCUUGGUCCCUUAAAGUUUCUAGUUACAGACAAAAUCAUACUGUGAUUUUAUUUUUAAUAUGGAUAUGCUAUCAAACUGUGAUACACUUAUAAUUCACUGGUCCUGCAUCAGGAGACGGAGUGGGGAAAACUGUAUUUAAUACAGUUUGUAUCUGAAUAAUCUGUAUGGUUUAUACAGUUUGUGUUGUUCAGAGAUGUCUAAAGUUUGAUCUUUGUUUUUUUAAAGAUUAAAAAAAGCACUCGCCCCACUGUAAAUACACAGCAUGUAAAGUUUAUAUAGUAUAUAAAUGGCAGCAAAUUCAA